UGCAGAAGAUGGUGUGUCCUCAUGUGAAGGACUCGGUUUCUUGCCCUUGCCAAGACGAUCUUCUUCGAGUAUUAGCAUCGAUAGUGCCUCCUCAAAGGAUGGAAAAGGCUGUCGAUGGAUAAUGAGGUUUGAUUAUGUUGUCAUACUUGCCAUUGAGGCCAUUGAGAAGAUAUGUCACCAACGUCCUCUCCGAGACUGGAGCAUCAACAUUAGCUAACAUAUCAACAAUUGAUUUUACUCCUGACAGUACACGUGGACCGUGAGAACGCCUAUCUCCUUGGUGCGUAGUUUGUGGUCAAGCUGGAUUGCCAUGGCUUCCUUAUUGUCUUGAAAAAAAAAUUUCAGUCGAAGCCAAAUUUCUUGCGAUGUACCUCAUGUCUUGAAUGUACCCUUGAAGAGGUUCUUCGAGAGAGUACCGUAUAGCCACAGUUUGACUAAGCCAUCUCGUUUCUUCAAAACGUGAUCAUUGCCGUCGGAUGGGAGGAGUGUGCCGUCGAGGUGGCCUGAAACGUCAAAGCUUUGGCAGUGUGAGAAAGAGUUCUCGCCAAGCGUCGUAGUUCCCAUUAUCGAUGUCCAAGAGAAACAGAAUGUGGGAAUUGAUGUUGGUGACUCCAUAGGUGCGUUCAAGUGGAGCGGGUGCAGCCAUUGGAUGAGAAGGAGAAAAGAAAGAGAGAGUGGAGUGAUGAAGAGAAAACAGAGAGAGAGUGAAUACACAGAGAGAUUGCGUUUUCGAUGGUUCAGGAACUGAAACCCGCUGAUACCAUGAAAGUGAGGAAGUUUUCCUUGAAAUGUAUGUGUAUUAACUUGACAAUAUAUAGUACAAAACAGUUUAGAGAUACGUGGGAUCUCCUCUAGACUAACAUAAAUGUAGGAAAAUAUACUAAGGUAUAUCUAAACUGUAAAACAAUACUUAUCUUAUCUAAUAUUGUCAACUCCUGAAUAACUAUCUUGAGUUAAUCUUCAUCAGCCCAGUUCUGAUGUUUUGCAUUGGGUUUUUUUCGAACUUUUUGUCUAAGCGCAUAUAUGUUUAGGGUUUCAUCAGUUCCGGAAGUUCGGGUACAAUCAAUUUAACUACACCACUACAAAAAUUACCCGACUAAUAUAUUAAUCAGAUCUUGACGGUUUAUUCUCCACAAAAGUUACAAAUAAAUGGCUCCAGUUAACUUUUACUAUUUUCUUAUUUGAGUUAAAGUUAUAAUUUAUUUGCGAAGAAGUAAAGUUAGAAUUCCCCAAUAUUUUUAUAUUGUAAUUUAAAAUCAAGCUAUAUAUCUUACAAUACUAAAAGGAUAAUAAGCUCAACAACUAAAGUGUCCAGAUCAGCAAAUUAAUUCGAGCCAAUCAGGUUCUAAAUAUAUGCCAUGUCAGCACGACCUAAAUCUUCCCCGCAAAUUUGUCGAUCCACAUCCCAGUUGAAAAAAAUCAUUUGCUCACCCCGUUACAGUCUCUAUAUUUCCUUUUCUCCCUUCUCCGAGCUUCUCCGUUGGGUGAACGACUACCAUUGAAUUGAUUUCUUCAUUUCGAUUCGAUUCUCUCUGCCGAUUACUAAGGUUCAUUCUUAUAAGGAUAACGAGUAACAGGAGCAGCAGCAAUCGUUUUGAUUAUUUAAAGUUGCAAGCUUUUUUCUAGAUUUAGGACAAAGUUUCAGUUAUGAGUGCAUCAUGGGCAGAUGUGACCGACUCUGAGAAGGCUGCUUCCAGGGCAAAGCCUGCUUAUGUUCCCCCACAUCUAAGGAACAGGCAGUCUGCGCCUGUUGCUCCUUUGCCACAAAAUGAUCGUCCGGGGUAUGGUGGUCAACCGUCUAGAUGGGCUCCUGGAGGUGGAGUUGGUGGAGGCGGUGGCUACAGGAAUGAUGUAGGGCGUCCCGGCCAAGGUUAUGGUGGACGAGUAAGUAGUGGUGGUGGCUGGAACAACAUAGGUGGAGGAUGGGAACGUGACGUUAAUCCGUUUGGAGAUGAGGCUGAUCUAGAACCCGCCGUUCAGGAGAAUACUGGCAUUAAUUUUGAUGCCUAUGAAGAUAUUCUCAUCGAGACCACUGGAGGAGACGUGCCUCCUCCUGUUAACACUUUUGCUGACAUUGAUCUUGGGGAGGCGAUGAAUCUCAACAUCAGGAGGUGUAAGUACGUGAGGCCAACACCUGUACAGCGUCACACCAUUCCGAUACUUCUUGCAGAGAGGGAUUUGAUGGCCUGUGCUCAGACAGGAUCUGGGAAGACUGCUGCCUUUUGCUUUCCGAUAAUUAGUGGAAUCAUGAGAGAUCAGCACCUUCAGAGACCUCGUGGUUCACGGACCGUUUACCCUCUUGUAGUUAUCCUCUCACCAACAAGGGAGCUGGCAUCUCGGAUUCAUGAUGAAGCAAAAAAAUCCGCAUACCAAACUGGUGUGAAGGUCGUUGUUGCUUAUGGAGGAACACCGACUAACCAGCAGUGACUCUGUGAGGUGGAGGUUUCUCCAUCACUUCCGUCGAGCUCUCGAACACUAACCAUCAGAGGCUGCCGUAAAAUCUGAGUGGCCGUUGACCUCUCGGAAAAGAGAGCCUUAGCUGUUCGUUGGGUCAUCAAUUACUACAUCCAUCCCGAAGACAAACUUCAUUCUCCACCUCUUCCCACCUCCGUUAUCUUAGGCGCCGAUUGAGGUCGUCUCCCUCUCCAAACUCAGCAACCGCAGCUUAAACAUGAAGAUUUCACUGCAUUCACCAACUCCAAGGUAACAGAGCUAGCAAAGCCGUCGAAGGAAGUUAGGUUUCGUCACAAAUUCAUAUAGUGAAGUUUCACGAUAGUUCAUAGAAGAACCGCGGCAGUGUACAUGUCUAGACGGUGUACAUGUAGACAUGUCUAGACGGUGUACACCUUUGUUAAGUGUUAAGCGAUAAGGAAAAAUAUCAUUGUCGUCGUGUUCAUACAUCUUUUAAGAGACUAUUUGUAAGAGCAUGUGUUGGUGCUUGUUUUAAAAGAAGAGUUGUAUGUCCAUGUGUACAUUGUUUUGCUGCUAUCCCCGUGUACAUUGUUCUAACGAUGUCCACGUGUACGCCCCUAUGUAUAUUGUUCUAACGAUGAAGAACAUAACUGAAUAACCGAAUGACAUGCACAAAUAACCGAAUGACAUGCACAAAUCUCUUUAAAAAAUUCUCAGUUGUACAACAUUCCAGCGCUAUCACACAUAUUCCAAUGUUUCAACAUUUGUAAAGGCUAAAUAGCAUUCAUAUGUACAUGUUCUUUCACUAUCCACAUGGACAUUGAUUAACAAAAUCCAUAACUACAUGUUGUGUGAAUGGCGUGUACAGAUCUCGAAUCUCACCGAAGAGGACGGUAUUAUUUCUUGGUUCGAAGGUGAAUACAUGGUUCGUGCGAGAUGAAAUGUUGGUGGAGAAGACGGUGGUUGCUGGUGGUUGCUGGUGAGCUGACGGCUGAGCAGCCUCUGACGACGGCGCGAAGAUCCCAAUCCUCGGCCAUUGACUUGGUUUCUCAGGGGAGACAAAGCUUUCUUCUGAAAAUCUCUGAGGAGAGAAGAUACAAGCAGAGGACUGAGCUCAUGGCCGCCGAGUUAUAUUAAUUUUGACAGCAAAUCAACUUCAAACUCUGAAGCUUUCGAUUUUCUCCGGCUGAAUCAAAGUCAAACUAAGUGAUCCACUGCAGCAGAAGUAAAAAGUCAGCGAGAAAUCCAUUCCGAUCUAGCCACGUGGGAAGAUGAAAUCCAACGAUUCGUGUUGUGUGGAGGAUUUGGAAUAUACAUAAGCUGUAGAAGAUGCAUGAACAGAUGAAUCACAAGAUGAUUUUACACCACUACCAGCUGCGGCAGCGGCUCUCCGCUUCACUCCGUUGAAAUUUCUGGUUUUUCUCAUCAGUUAUAUAAAAGAGCAAAAUCUAGAAACUAAAGGAAUAAGAAAAGAAACUUAGUUAGGUUGUAGUUACUAUGUGCAAUAGAAAAAAGGGUACUAUAGAAAUUUAAUAUGUUGACAGCUGUGCAUAUGUGUCUAAAAAGCAAAGAGAAAGUGCAGUAGGAGUCAAAAGUUACUCAGAGUGUUAUUUAAGUCUGAUAAAAUGACUUACAAUGUAAUACUUUCUAUAAUCACAAGAUCUGAAACCACAACAUAUAAUAUUAGUUUUGUCUCAUCCGUCACUAAGUCACUCGGAUCAGAAAUUUUUGACACAAAGACCAAAGAUCAUUUUGAGUUGAGUUAACAACUUCUAGUUAAGAAUAUGACUUGAUCAUACUAAUAUCAUAUUGUAUAUUAUAAUAUACGGUCAACACAUUAUGUGUCGUUUAACAUGAAACAAAAAUUAGAUAAAUGGAUUAUAACAGGUAAGGUAGUAAACAGAGUAAAAUCAUUUAUAAUUUUGAGAAAAUUUUAUGUUUACCACUUUCAUGGUACCAUUUUUCAUCUUUACACCAGUAAAGUAACAUUUUCAAAAAUAUCUUCUUCACUAGCUUAAGAUCCGCGCAAUUGCGCGGGAUGAAUGUUAUAUAUAAAACUAAUUUUUAUCUUUUUUAUUUAUUUGUAUUCAUUUACGUAUUAUGUAUAUAAUUAAAUUAGAGUAAAGACAUAAAUCAAAACAAUGCAUCUUGUUUAUUUACAUAUUUUUUUGGUAAAUAAACCAAAACAAUCAUUUUAU